AUGUCCAGUACUACGCAAGGAAGUUGCUUGUGCGGCGGCAUCAAGUAUGAAUUCAGCGGCGAACCAAAAGUGACUGCGCUAUGCCACUGUAUUGAUUGUCAAAAGUGGACCGGAGGAGCCUUCACCUCCAACGCCGUCGUGCCGAGGACUUCGUUCAAGGUCACCCAAGGCAGACCGUCGUCGUACGACGCCACGGGAGCCUCGGGCAAGAUCAACAAGCACUUCUUCUGUCCGACGUGCGGGUCCAGCUUGUACACCGAGCUCGAGGUCAUGCCGGACGUUACUUGUGUCAAGGCGGGAGGACUGGAUGGCGGGAAAGCGGAGCUGGGCAAUAAAGUCGACGUCGAGUUCUAUUGCAAGGACCGCGUCAAGUAUCUUAAGGAUGUGCCUGAUGCGAAGCAGGAGCCUGUUUUCGGGUGA